AUGAAGAAAGAGACGCAAGACGUAAGUGGGAGGGAGAAUCGAACAGCCGUGGCCUUCUUCGUUGCUCGGGAAAAACUGACAACGCACAACCCGUUGUACGCACAUUCAUACAAAGCGGAGUGGCGGGUAGAGUUAUAUUAUGGCUGUAGUCUGUUUUCAACAGGCCAGACCGCCCGUUUUGUUUUGUUUUUAUUCAAAUCAUUUUUCUUCAGUCGUCCACCGGUUAUCGUUGUCCCAAUUGUUUUUUCUUCUUUUCUUCCUUCAGUUCAUUCUUUCGCACUCUUUUCUUUCUUUCUUUCUUUCUUUCUCUUUAUAUUUCUAAAUAUAUUUUCUUUCCUUCUUUUCUUUCUACAUCCUUUUCUCUUUUUAUUUUGUAUCCUUUCCUCUACUUUUUCUUCUUCCAUCCUUCUCGCACAUUUUUCUUUCUUUCUUUCUUUCUUUCUUUCUUUCUUUCUUUCUUUCUUUCUUUCUUUCUCCUUUUCUGAAAUUUAG